AUGGAUGUAAUCAUGCAGAAUAAGGAAGAACAGUUAAUUGAAUACUUGAGAAAUAUUCUGAAGUAUCAAGUUGCACCCAAAGGUAUUACAGAGCUUAGAAAUCUGGUCAAAGAUGCACCCAAGAAGCUUAAGCUAUGGAACUAUAUAGAGGAAAACUUGCCUACUGAAAAAGAAUUCUCUGAACUGCUGGAGAAAUUUCCCCAAUACUUCAGUUUCAAUCCUGAUAGAACUAUUACUAUUACUGGUCCCAACUACUGUACUUUACCACACUCAAACUCUAGUGCUGUUUCUGAGAAACCAUGUGAUGAUGUUGAUGGGAUAAGUCGUCAGUCCGACCUGGAGAGCGAUUCUGAUUCCUCUGAGGAUUAUUUUUCUUCUGAAAUGCACAAGUGCCAAAUUGAUGAAAAAUCACUGGACUAUGAAAAGCAGUUAAUUGAGUAUGUGCAAAACUUUUUGAAGUAUCAAUUUUCUCCGAUGAAUAUUUCAAUGCUUAGAAUACUGGUGAAGGACACUCUAAAAAACAAGCCCCAACUUUCUCAAUAUUUUGAAACACAUUGUCCUACUGAUGACAAGUUUUGUGAAUUUUUCAAGGAAUAUCCUUGUUUUAAUUUUGAUGUUCAUGGAAACAUGACAGUUGCUGGUUCUUGUUAUAGCACUGUUUCGGAAUCGAGCUCUGCUAAUACUUUGCCGGAAACGUAUGACGAAGUUGAUAGUUUUAAAACUAGAGAGGAAUAUGAAUCUGAUCCAGAAUCAGAUUGUGAAAUUGUAUCAAGUUGAUGAACUUGCUCAAUUGUAGCUGUUGAUGAUUAGGUUUCUGUAUUAGAGCUUUUUACUGCAUGAGAGAAAAGUAUUAAAAUUAAGUAAAAUUUAAGAAUGUAGUCUUCACAAAUGCUUAUGGAACUUCUACAAUCCUAACUCUUUUGGUGCUUUUUGAGAAUCUGAAGACUAAUUUUCUUCUAAAGCCCAACUGUUCAUUAAUAUUCUUUCCUUAGAAAAAAAAGCAUAAGACAUGGUCAAAAAAGUUAUUUUAUUAUUAUUUUUUUUCGAGGAAAAUUUUUAUUUUAUUGACAUGUGUUAUGUCUCAUUGCCAAAUUCUGAAAAUCAAAUUAUAAAACUUACGUUUGCUGUGGAUGUUUCUGCAAUUUUUUUCAUUCCUUUUUACUCCUUUAUGCAAAUGAAUGAAUUGUAAAACCUUUUUAGACACAGUGUCUCACCAAAAAAAAAAAAAAAAAAAUUUUACUUCCUUAAAUAUUAAAUUUAUACUAAUGACUUUGAAUUACUAUUAUUGUUUGAGGCAUUGUCUGGAAAAAAAAUUGCAUGAUGUAAUUUUAAGUGGUUUCAUAAUUGCAAACAUAUCUGAGAUAAGAUAAGUAAAUACCUUUGCGCUGAAUAGUAAAGUCAGACCAAACAACGUAAGUAG